AUGGCGGCUGAGCGCGGGAGCAGGGAGGGGAGGUGGACCCUGGCCGCCGCCAGGGCGCUCAUCACCGGCGGCAGCAAAGGGAUCGGGUACGCCAUCGUGGAGGAGCUCGCCGGGUUCGGUGCGAGGGUGCACGCCUGCUCCCGGAACGCGGCGGAGCUGGAGGAGUGCCGACGGCGGUGGGAGGAGAAGGGCCUGCAUGUCACCGUCUCCGCCUGCGACGUCUCCGUGCGCGCCGACAGGGAGAGGCUCAUGGACACCGUCCGGCAGACCUUCAACGGCAAGCUCGACAUACUAGUGAACAACGCGGGGCAGCUGCUGGUGAAGCCCACCGCGGAGUGCACGGCGGAGGAGUACUCCAAGGUGAUGGCUACCAACCUGGAGUCGAGCUUCCAUCUCUGCCAACUCGCGCGCCCUCUUCUCGUACACGCCGGAGGAGGCAGCAUCAUCAACAUGUCCUCCAUUGGAGGCUCAAUUGGCUUCGUAGGCUCCGCAAUCUACGCUAUCACAAAAAGUGCAAUGAACCAGCUUACUAGGAGUUUGGCCGCUGAGUGGGCUCCCAACAACAUCCGUGUGAAUGGCGUGGCCCCAGGAUUUAUCACAACCGAUAUGAUCAAAGAUUCUUGUGGACAUGUUGGGCAGAUGGAUACAGAGUCCUUGGAGCGGGAGCACUCAAAGACCCCGUUACUGCGGAGCGGCAAGCCGGUCGAGAUCGCCUCGGCGGUGGCAUUCCUAUGUAUGCCGGCAGCUUCCUUCAUCACCGGCCAGGUCAUUUGUGUCGAUGGCGGUCGAACUAUUAGCGCUUAA